CCCAAGUGUUGUGAUUGCAGUCUGAGUUGAGAACGCGCGUCUGCCUGUGGUUCGGCGCGCUCUUUCGCUGCUGUUUAUAGCGCUCUGGGAAUACUAAUCUCAUCUUUGAGGGGACAAACAACGAAUAAGCUUUCUAUUCUUCGAGGCGACUUUUUCGCUUCUGCGACAGCGUCAUCUGUGCAAGAAGGAGCUGAAUAUUUCCCAGCAGUGAAAAGAGGCGAGGAAAUAAUAUAGUUGGUGACAUUUCCUGGCUCCUGACCUUUCUCCAUCCUUUGGUAACACUUCCUCUCCUGCUCAUUGGAUCACAGCAGCCCAUCUGUUGGUAAAUGGAAGACUGCUGACCGUGGUGAAGGAAAACCGUUGAAGAGGUGGCGGUAUUUGACCUUGACAGCCCCCCAAGUUGCACAACCCCCGGCUGCCCCCUCCCAACCCCCAUUUUCCCCAUCUUAAACCCCCACCCCCCCCCCUCCAGCCUUUGCCGGUUCACCCCUUUUGAGGCCGCCUAAGUGGACGUUUGUGGGGAGGAGCUUCGGACCAGACGACGCCAUUGGACGUUGCAGCCGUCUAUCACAACCGAGAGCUGUCUCUCCUCCCGGGACCCCUACUGUGUGUGGCUGAGGUCGGACAGCUGCGCCACCGUCUCCCCUGGAAUCAAGGGCGGAUUUGAACAGGACGUGGAAAACAGCCAGCCGCAGUAUCCUGAGAACUGCCACGAUGUCCUGGCGACGACACGCAAGCAGAACACGGUAGCGGCGGACUCGGCGUACGGGAAGACCACACCCGCAACCGCCAGCACAACCAAUGGCGGGCCUGCACUGCCAAAGGAGGCAGGUGACCCCGAAAGAGGCACAGGUCCCGAUGGCCCUGCCCUCGUAGGGCAACAGGGGUCACCUGACUCGGAGCCAAUCAGUGUGGAGAUGGAGGGAGUGCGGCGGCCCCCAGAUGUGGAUAAGUCUAACCACAGCGUCCACUACACCCUCCUCAUCGCCUGUGUGCUGGUGGCCUUCGUCCUGGGCGCCUUUCUCUCCGGCUUCCUGGUCUCCUGCUACUGCAACCACACAGGCCACAAGACAAAGAGGCUGGCCAAGGAUCCGGAGGCUCCCAUCCCCCACGCCCUGUCCCUCCGCAGCCUGGCCAAGCUCAACGGCCUGCUGGAUGGCCAGAACAAGGACGACAAGCUGGAGGUGUCCUCGCCCAAGAUCUACAACUCCUUCUUCUCCAACAGCAAGGAGCACCACCAUCCCCGGAGGAGCGGGCACCACGGGGUCACCAUGGGCGACCUGGUGCACCCCCACCACCUGCACCACUCCUCGGAGCUGUCCGGCCUGCCCACGCCGGAAUCCACGCCCGAGCUGCCAAUCAAGAGCAUGAAGGCCUUCAAGAACCAGUGGGAGCGGAACCAGAACUGCAACAACGCAAAGGAGCCCAAGUCGCACAACAUGAGCUCCAGGCCCAGCUCCGCCCUGCUGCACCAGGCCAGCUACCCUUACUCCCAUGGCCUGUCCAACGGGCAGGCACUGAUGUGCGGACCCCUGCAUCCGGAAGACCGCAAGAUUCCUAACGUGGACCGCAUUCUUUCCCAGCACCCCUACCCUUGCUAUCCACAGAAGGUCAUGGAAGUCACCUCCCUGGACGAGUUGCUGAAGCACAUCCACGAGGCCAGCAGCAGCAGCAAGAACGCCCAGCUCAUGAGCCCCUCCGGUCUGAUGGCCAGCGGCGGCUUCGGCAGCAGCCAGCUGGCAGUGGCCACGCGUAUCCAGCCCCAGAUCCCGGAGACGGAGUCAGCGCCCUACUACAGCUCCUCCACGUUACCCCGGGACAGCCUCACCCGUCGCAUGGACGUCCCGCCGGACAUUCACUCUCACCACCAGUCCACGCUGGAGCGGAGGCACUCCUCCCAGAGGCACUCGCUCCUCGCCGCCGCCGCCAAGAUGUCCAACGGAGGAGCAGGAGGUGGAGCAGGAGGAGGUGCGGGAGGAGGAGGAGGAGGAGGUGCAGGAGGAGGCGGAGGCAUGAUCCCGCGGCAGCACAGCUUCGGGCAGCGGAACGGCGGGCCGCACCAGCCCCCCCCCCUCCUGGCCCGGAUGAACUCCACCGGGAGCGCGUGCGAGGUGCACUACCCCGUCAUCCCCAACGGGUACCUGGCGCGGCAGCUCAGCUACAGCGGCGAGCAGCAGGAGGUAAUGCACCGGGGGGCCAUCGUGCGCCGGACCACCUCCCUCAAGCCCGACGUCCCGCCCAAGCCCCUGUUCAUACCGGCCACCUCUCCGGUCAACCAGCAGGGAAAGUUCAACUACUGAGCUCCACGGAGGCGAACUUCUAAGACUAUGGAGAAAGAUUGUCCCUCCUGAAUGUUCCCUUAGAAAACGGUUGAAAUACAGACUGCUACAGAGAGGAUUGGACGCGUGGCAGCCGUUUGCUAUGUGGACAAGAAACCAAAUUUGCUUUUUUUUCUCUUCUCUUUUGUCCAAACAAAUAUCUUUGUACCAUAUUGGUAUUGCUCAGCUACUCGCUUAUAAACCCUUGACAGACUAGUGUACCGUAAUGCUGCCACACGAUGAAAGGCUGCCAAUAUUCUCAUUGUCCAUUUAAAAUGCAAGUUGCUCCUCUUUUUUCUUUAUUUUUUAAACAAUGGCCACAGGAGGGUCGGACAAAAUAUAUUGACAUCUUGAAGACUUGGAAGCUAUGACCUCCUGCAAUGCUGUUGAAUUGGACUUUUGUUUUGCCUUUGCUUACUUUCUCAGAUGUAGUGUUGAUAACCAGCCCUGACUUCCCUGCCCUCCACCCUCAGAUGUGUUUAUAAGCUGGUGUAUGUAUAUAUGUGUGUGUUUAUAUCCACACGGUAUAUGUAUACAUAUGCAGUACAUGUAAUGUGGGAUGCAAGACAUCUCCCCUAAAGGUAGUUUUGUUUCGGCCUCACUUUAGUCGUAGGCUAUAAAAGAAGAAGAAGAAGAAAAACACUGGCCACAGUCCAAUUCAGAUGAGGACCGCGAAGGUCUAGGGAAAGCAAACAUGUACUUCAUCAACACAUUCACAGCCUUGAUAAUGGCGAUAAUACGGAAUGAGACGCUUCAAUACAGACGGUCCUUUAAUUUAUUUUCUAUGUUAAUUAUCCUUCCCCCCGCAUACGAGAUCAGCGCUGUCUAAUCACGUUCCGUGGAGCUCUGAAUGCAUGCGUCACCACACCAGCUAAUUGGCUAAUUGGCAUAGCAUUCUAACCAAUUAGGGAAGUCGGCAGGUGUUGUUAAGAUGUUGUGUGCUUGGUUGCCAUGUGAUAAGAUUUGCUCACGACUGGGCAAGAUGGGUUGAGUUGCAUACAAAAAAGUUUUUUUUUUUUUUACUGAAUGUUAAAAUGGUGCUCCGUAGCGUCUCCCGAAUGGAUACAAAGAUAUAUAUUUAAAAAAAUGCCCAAAAAGGACUAGAGAAAACCUUGUAUGCCGUGAAGGCACAUGGACAUUACAUAGUAUGGACUGCAGUUAGUAAAAUUAUUAUUAACUUUGUGGUUAUUGGUUGUAAAUAAAGGAAUAAUUACUAGCCAAAUUUUAACUGUAUGUGUAAAUGUGUGCCUUAUUUAAUAUUGUAUGUGAUUAAUGACACGGAGCUAAAAAUGGCCACCACGCUAUAGAUGGUGUCUCAUUUUAUAUGGUUGUCAACGUGUCAUAUCUAUUGUAUAUUUGAAGACUUUCAUUCCAAAACAAUAUAUUAAACAUUUGACAAAAAAAAGAAAAAAACAAUCCCAUCUUAAUUUUUAUAAAGUGAUCGCUGCCGUCACUUUCUCACAGCAAGUUGUUCAUCAGUUAUUUUGAUCUUUUGGCGAACAGAUUAGUAAGAAUAAAAGUAACGUACUCUUAGGUGCUGUCUUUCACAUCAAAUAUCAGGUAUUACUAAUUUCCCAUAGCGGAUAUUUUUGCGUUUUGGAAUGUAAUUCUUUACAUGUGUCCACAUCGCAAGUGUUUUCCUGCUUCCCAGGAUGCCAUCCUGAGGGGUAAGUGUGGGGAGGGUUUUGAAGCCAUCCAUCUGGUUUCACCAAUUCACCGCUCAACGGGUUUUACCACUCGUGAUUGCCAUUGUAUCUUUGUUUUGGCCUCAUAGCGCUAGCUUCUGUUUAGGGUCUCUUUUUGUUUUUCUUGAUUAAUAUCCAACUACAAAAAUUAUCAAAUAUACAACUUUUUUAUUGCAUGCUUGCUAAACAGAUUUGUUGUUUUUGGCUCCAAUCCUAAGAGAACAUGCUUUAAAAAAAAAAAGAUUAUUUUUUUCAUCUGAUAGACAUAGAAGUUCGAAAAUACAAUAGGUUUUCUUUGUGAAAAUAAGACAUUUUACUGUGUAGAAUCGCUAAAGAAAUUGUUUUGAGGACUUACAUGGCAUUUUGCAGUAUGAAUGAACAAGGACGCAAAUUCAGCAAUGCUCAACACCCAGAGUUACCAGCUCUGUGAAACUACAGUAAAUCAAAGUCAAAAUCGACGUGUGUUUAAAGAGUAUGCACACAUAACCCUGAAAUAAUCUCCCCCCCCCCCCCCCCCUCCCAAUGAAUGGGUCAUCGUAUAUAGAGCUAGAGAGAAGAGCAAAGAUCUGAGGGAGUCACUAGUUCGCUAAACAUUCGUAGACGAGAUGCAUAUAAGGGUCAGUAGAGCCAGCCCAGGAAAUACAUCCUGUCUCAGAACUCUGCUGUCACAGUGUCGGGCAAAGUUAUUUUGGCCCUGGUGUGCUGAAAAUUUCAAUUACCGGAAA